GACGCCUCUAAACUCACGUAGCCAUCCUGGAAAUGGUGGUCUUCAUUAAUGCAAAGAUCAAGUCUUUCAUUAAACUUUUCCAGAAGAAAACUGUUUCCAACCUAGACGAGGAGAGCAGAUGGACAGUCCAUUACACUGCCCCCUGGCACCAGCAAGAGAACGUUUUCCUCCCCACUACCAGACCCCCAUGCGUGGAAGACCUGCAUCGCCAGGCCAAGCUGAACCUCAAGUCGGUGCUGAGGGAAUGUGACAAACUGCGGCGGGAUGGCUACCGGAGUUCUCAGUACUACUCUCAGGGACCCACCUUCUCCUCCAGCUCCAGCCCCCUCGGCGAUGAUGACCAAGAUGACGAAGAAAUGGAUCAAAAGUGUUCUGUCUCAUCCUCGGAGGAGGAAAGGCAUAUUUCCAUCAGGAGACCUAAAACGCCCACUUCAGGUGACUUCUCCGACCUUCACACUCACACGAACUGGACCAAGUCACUUCCGCUGCCAACCCCAGAGGAGAAGAUGCGGCAACAAGCCCAGAUAGUCCAGGCAGAUGUGAUUCCUAUCAACGUGACAGGGGAGAAUUUCGAUCGCCAGGCCAGCCUUCGGCGGUCUCUAAUUUACACAGACACACUGGUAAGACGACCGAAGAAAGUCAAAAGGAGAAAGACUAUUACGGGAGUGCCUGACGACAUACAGAAGGAGCUAGCAUCAGGUACUGGCCAAGAGGAUGAUGGGGGCCAUUCUGUGUACACCCCAGACCACUACUCAACCCUUGGCAGGCUUGACAGCCUUCGGUGUGCAGGGCCGCGCUCGGAGACCAGGGACUCCAGCUGUCAGACGGAGGAAGUGAGAGUCGUGCCCCCGUCCAUGAGAAGGAUCCGGGCUCAAAGGGGGAAUGGCAUCGCUGCCCAGAUGAGCCACCUGUCGGGCUCCUCGGGGAACAUGUCUGUGCUGAGCGACUCGGCCGGCGUCGUGUUCCCGUCUCGCCUCCACAGUGAUGCGGGCUUCCACAGUCUCCCACGCCCCGGCGCCAGGGCGAGCCUGCAGCUCCUGGGCCCCACAGAGGACCCGGACGGCACAUUCUCCCACCGGAGGAAUCACCUGCAGAGGGAAGACACCUUAGGCCACACGGGGAGUGUCUCCAGGACUGGGAUGCUUCUGAGGCCCAAAUCUCAGGAGCUGAGGCACUUUGGGGGUGAAAACGGGAAUGGCCCGGCCUGUGUGGUUUCUCCUCAUGCGACCUACUCCACCAGCAUCAUCCCCAAUGCCACACUCUCGUCCUCGUCGGAGGUGAUUGCCAUUCACACUGCUCAGAGUUCAGGGCCACCGGACGGGAGUAUCAUCAACUCACCCUCCUGUGCAAAAGUUAGACCCCGGGACCCCCGCCUCUCCAGGCAUCCUGCGAAAGAAGGGCAUCCGUCUCCGAGUGCCCACUGGGACAAGAGUCGCUCCGCCAGCCUUUCGAAGGCCACCAUAGAUCCCAGCUCCCCUGACGCCACCGUGCUGUUGGCCCUGCGUGACUCAAUGGUUGCGCUAAAUACCCCAGCAAAGGGGGAGAACGGGUCCCAAGCUGGGGCAUAUCACUGUAGAAGCCUCCCAAGACAUCCCCCGGAUGCGGAUGGCAGGAGCGAGGCUAGUUAUUCUUGUGGCAGAGGGCACGAUGGCUCUGAGUCCUGGGAUUAUCCCAGGGUGGGUAGUGGGCGGGCGUCCCCGCAGAGGGCACAGAGUGUAAUGCCUGGCUACUCUACCCCAGCCAGUCACCUGAGCAGCUGUAGCUUAGAUCAGGCAUCGCACCACGAGCAUGCCCAGCCCCUGUGCUCGGUGGACCACAACGGCUACUAUACACCUGCGCCCACAGGGUCUGGACACGGAGCGGGGAACCUGUGCGCCCGCAGCGAUGGCUUUGGCAACCCCAGACACAGCGUGAUCAAUGUGUUUGACAGGAGAGCUCAGCAAAAUCAAAGGGACCGGCCCGAUGACCCGGAUAAAUCCCUUUCUCGAAGCAUCUCCUUGAAGAAAGCCAAGAAGCCUCCGCUGCCACCCUCACGCACAGACUCCCUCCGCAGGCUCCCCAAGAAGGGUGCCCAGGCGAACGGGCAGGUGCUGAACGAGAGCCUGAUCGCCACGCUCCAGCACUCGCUGCAGUUGAACCUGCCCUGCAAGGACGGCAGCUCGCCCUCCCAGAGCCCCUGCAGCGACUUCGAAGAGCCGUGGCUGCCUCGCUCCCGCAGCCAGAGCAGCGUCAGUGCCAGCAGCAGCAGGGCCUCCACCACCACCCCCAACGUCUACUCCCUGUGCGGGGUCACGCCCUCACAGAGCGACACAAGCAGCCUCAAGUCAGAGUACACCGACCCCUGGGGCUACUACAUCGACUACACAGGCGUGCCGGAGGAGCUGGGCAUGCCGGCAGGGGCAGCUGCCACCAGCAGUGGGGCGGCCGCAGGAAACGGGCUGGCUCGCCACGUCCAGGAAGGGCCCCGGGCCGGGCUGCCUCAAGAGCCCGGUAAUGGCACCAGACCUAAGCUGGCCUCCCCGGAGAAGUCCCACCGAGUCACUUCUCCGUCCAGCGGGUACUCCAGCCAGUCGAACACGCCCACUGCCCUCACCCCCGUGCCUGUGUUUCUGAAAUCCCUGUCACCAGCAAACGGGAAGGGAAAGGCCAAGCCCAAGGUGCCCGAGAGGAAAUCCUCUCUGGUGUCUUCAGUAUCCGUUUCCUCGUCUUCCACUUCUCUUUCUUCUAAUACUUCCACGGAAGGAAGUGGGACGGUGAAGAAGCUGGAUGCCUCUGUGGCCCCUACCCAGACCCCUCCUCCCCUGCUGGCUCCUUGUCUGCCUCCUCCGCCGCCCUUAGCAGAUUCCUCGGGUGGCUCUCCGCUGCCUCAUUCUCCCUUCUUUCCCCCUCCGCCGCCAGACCUUCUCCCUCCAUUCAGUUUCCCAGCAGAGGGAUGCUUUCCUUCUCCUCCUCCUCCACCCCCUCCUACUCCUCCUCCUCCUCCUCCUCCAUCACUCAGCCCCCUUCUUCCAGAACCGCCUUCCUUCCCGUCCCCUCCACCUUUCUUACUUUCUGCCACCCCACCACCUGCCCCGCCCCUCGACCCCAAACUGCUGAAAGAUACCAGGCCAUCUUUCCAGCAGCCUAGCCUGCCAGCCCCACCCGGGGACACCUCCAAGCCGCCUUGUAACAGGGAGGAGAGCAGCAGACCCCCGAUGCCCCUCAUAACCACCGAAGCAUUGCAGAUGGUCCAGUUGAGGCCCGUGAAAAAGACCUCAGGAACCGAGGGAGCACCAUUAUCCGACAGAUUCUCUCAGGAAAAACCAGCCCCGGUGGUGCCACCGUAUCAUUUAAAGCCAUCUGCUUUCCUGAAGUCCCGAAAUAGCAUAAAUGAAAUGGAGAGUAAAAGCCAGGAUGCCUCCACAAAAGGCAGCCUUCCAGCUCCUGCCAAGAGCGCGAGUCAGGGUCACCAUGACAGUGCAGCUGAGCGUGGCAGCCUUCAGAGCCACAGAGAUGGGGCGCCGCCGGCCCAGGCCUCCGGAGCCUGGUGCCCAGCGACGGCCAGCGGGCAGAGCUCAGAGGCGCAGUCGGGCCCCGGGACCUCCCUGGACCAGGAGCUGCCUGGCUCGCCAAUGGAGCCACCUGGCUCCUCACCCAGCAGGAAGCCGCCUCCAAUCUCCAAGAAGCCCAAACUGUUCCUCGUGGUACCACCUCAGCCAGAUUUCACAGUGGAGCAGUCGGAGAACGUGAGCGCAGCCUUCAGGGACGCGCCCAGCCCUGCACCGAGAGAGGCAGGCGCUGUGCACGGCAAGCAGGCGAGAGAGAGUUCCGCAGCCCGAGCCGGGGCUGAUGAGCUGAACUCUGGCAGCUCGAGGCUUGAGGGAGGAGCUGCAGGAGCCACAUCCCUGGGCAGAGGGGAAGCCGAUGCCCCCAUGGUACAGCCCGAUGCCUCGCCAGUCCCCCUGCAGGAAGCGCCGGGCACCUCCGAGGAAGGCAGCCGUACCCAGAGCAGUCCAGCCGCUGUGGGUGGUGGGGAGCAGCGCCUGUGUCAGGAGAAUGGACAGGCUGGGAUGCUGGAGACAGACACAGCAGCUUCUUCCUCAGAGGCCUGGGACUUCCCCAGGGAAGAGGGCAGUGAAGAGGCGAUGACCCCUAGCAGACCCAGGACCACAGAAGACCUCUUUGCAGCUAUUCACAGAUCCAAACGGAAAGUCCUGGGCCGCAAAGAUUCGGAGGAUGACCCCUCGAGAAACCAUUCUCCCUCGCCGCCCGUCACGCCCACCGGUGCCGCCCCCACCCUGGCCUCCCCGAAGCAAGUGGGGUCCAUUCAGAGGAGCAUCCGCAAGAGCAGCACCAGCAGCGACAACUUCAAGGCUCUGCUGCUGAAGAAGGGGAGCCGAUCAGACGCGAGUGCGCGCAUGUCAGCGGCCGAGAUGCUCAAGAGCACGGAUCCUAGGUUCCACCGGUCCAGGUCGGAGUCCUCCGCAGACGCCCCCGAGAGCCCGGCCAGCUGCUCCCCGAACAAGAGCCGGCGGGCCCAGGAGGAGUGGGCGAAGCACGAAGGCCUGAUGCCCCGGAGCCUGUCCUUCUCGGGCCCGCGGUACGGGCGCAGCCGUACACCGCCCUCGGCCGCCAGCAGCCGGUACAGCCUGCGCAACCGCUUCCAGAGCAGCCCCAUGACGGUCAUCUCGGAGGGUGAGGGCGAGGCCCCGGAGCCAGCGGACAGCAGGGCGCGCCGCACGCUGGGAGCUGCGAGGGGAGGCUCGCUGGACGGCGUGGCCCGGGGCGACGUGGCCGCGGACAGCCUGCUCAGGGACGAGGCCCCUGCCACCUCCCUGUGGGCACAGGCAGCCCCGGGGCCCCCAGACCAGAAGGCCAGCCCCCUGGACAGGGACCCACCAGCACAGCGUGCAGGCCCGCAGGCAGCGGAGAGUUAGAAGCCAGACCAUUACUCUCCAGGUGGUGUAGGGGGGAGAGGAGCCAUACAUCCCUGCGCAGGUUUGCUCAGGUAGCCCUGGGGCUGAGCCCGGAGCCCUCAGCCCGGCUGUGGUGGGUGGCCCCAGUAGCCAGCAGGGCAGAGUAGAGAUGGUGAGGUCACGCUCACUUGGCACUUGCUCUGUGGCUUAAGUAGAAGCUUAACUUCUGGAAGUGCUUCCCGGGGAAGAUUUUUUUUUUUUUUUUGGUAGCUUAAUGCUGGGUGUGCCUGUGUGCGUGUGUAUUUUUGGCAAGUUUUUUAUUUAAAACACACACACAAGCAGCAUGUACAGAAAUAGGGAAACGAAAGAGUUAAAGCUAGCUGGUCAUUGCUUUAUAAUGCGGAAGCUAGCACACAUUACAAGGCAAGGACAGAAAGAGGUGGUGGGUGUGCCCGUUUCAGCACAGGGCACACAGUGUACACGUGUGCUUUAGCGGUGAGGCGUGUCACGAGGUGGGGAAAGAGCUGGCUGGUUCUGGUACUGUUUUCUCGGGGUGGAGAAAGGCUGUGGUUUCCCCCCUCUUUCUCUUUGUAAAACGACAAACGUGCUAAGCGCCGGCCCCUGUGCCUGCUGUCGUGCAGCUGCAUCCUGGUGACUCGUAGCCUGGUUUUUAGAGAUGUAGGUGAUUUUUAAAGGGUUUUUCCUCCCUGGGUAGCCGCUGAGACCUUUGGGAACUGAAAUGGUUGAUGGUGCGUCCCUGGGCGUGGCAGGGAGGCAGCGAGGGGCGGGCCGGAGUCCGGGGUCCUCUGCUGGAAUGUGUUUCCUGCUUAUGAAAUAAACUUAUUUUUCAAAAUGAAAUUGGACAACUUGCACUACAGACCUAUGGGUGGGCCUUUUCCUCUGGCAACGGUUUUACAGAGUGGAUCCUUCCAUCUGGCCAUGUCUUAGCACUUGGACUGGUUGGGUGUUGACUCAUUUUAAGAGAGAGCCUUUUGGUGACACCAAAGAAAAAGUUGUUGCUGGUUUUUCCUCUCACUGCCUGCAGACCCGGGCCCUAAUUUAGAAGGGUUUAUCAUAAUCGUUACUAUCGUACUCUGAAGAAAAUGCUGGGUAGUAGUCGUUUGACAAACUUACAGAAACAGGCAGGACUUGGCAAUGAAUUAGCCCUGGUGGGAAAGGAGUUUUUAGAUUUUUUUUUUAAAUGUGGUUUUUUUUUGCAUCAUUCCGGUUGUGUGUUGUUUUUAAUAUUGCUUGUAGGAAGGUUUUUAGUCACUUUUUCAUCUUCUUCAGCUAGAAUCUCAACACUGAACAUGGGUGGAAAACCUGUAUUUAUUUGAAUGUAUAAUUCUUAUAGUCCUCACAGCAGCCUUAUUUUUCCGCACGUAAUCCAGUUAACCAUUGCCACUGAGACAAUUCCAGAUCAUGACAACCCAGCGUGUGACAGAGAAAAACUCUGUUCGACAGGGUUUCCUGUGGCCGAUUUUUUAGAAGUAGAUCACCUAGUUGCCUCUGCGUGGACUUGAACCACCAACCUUGCCGUUAGCAGCCGAGGACCUUAACCUUUGAUACCACUUGAGGGACCCCUCCUGCACUUUGAUGCACUUCUCUGUUAGUUCAGCUACAGCAGAAUCUGCGCCUCCUCUCUUUGCCUAUGUAUUCAAACUACCACUGAGUUGGAUGCAACUCAAGCAUCUGUCUUUUGGGUAUGGAAAUAUUAAACGUUUAAAAGCUGGCCUCUACA